AUGACGUCCGCUCACAGUGCAUCGUCUUCGGUGCUAGUUUCCGACUCGUUCACGGAGCUAAGGUUCAUUUACGGGACGGCAUGGAAGAAGGACAGGACGAAAGGAUUGGUUGAGCUGGCGCUGGAGAAUGGAUUUCGAGCGGUGGAUACGGCGGCCCAGCCGAGACAUUAUCAGGAAGAGGAGGUUGGCAGGGGAAUACGGGCUUGGUUGUCGAAGAGGGGAGAUGGUGGUGGAGUGAGGGAGAGGGGGGAUAUUUAUGUUCAGACGAAGUACACCACCCCGGCCGGCCAGGAUCUCAACAAUAUGCCAUAUGAUCCUUCAGAGCCCUUGGAGACACAGAUACGCACGUCCGUAGCCUCGUCCCUCAGGAAUCUUCGACCACAGGAGGACUCUGAUGAGAAUUCGUACCUGGACUGCGUCCUCCUUCACUCGCCGCUUCCCACCAUUAACCAGACCAUCCAGGCUUGGAAGAUCUUGGAAACGUACGUCCCUGACCGGAUUAGGGCGCUCGGCAUAUCAAAUGUGACCCUUCCCGUCCUUCAAGCCAUACAAGAAUCUUCUACUAUCAAGCCCUCAGUUGUCCAGAAUCGGUUUUACCCUCAGACCCGAUAUGAUGGACCUCUCCGCGCCUUUUGCAGAGAGCAGGGCAUCUCUUAUCAAUCGUUCUGGACUCUCACUGGAAAUCCGCACCUCUUGCGGUCCGAGCCGGUAUCAUCACUCGCGCAAGCCGCAAACGUUGGUACUGCGACGGCAUUGUAUGCUUUCGUUAUGGAUUUGGACAUAAUGGUUUUGAAUGGAACGACGUCUGCCAAUCACAUGCGGGAGGAUUUGGACGGAAUCAGGAAGGCAAGAGAUUGGGCUAUUGCGAAUGGAUCGGAGUGGGAGAGAAUGAGGAGAGUUUUCGAACAUUGCAUUUUACCUCUUUGA